AUGAAAAGUUACCGCUUAAUAAUUCACGUAUUAAUUUUCCUAUUAAUAGGAUACUCUGGAUGUUCUGAUAAAACUACAGAUAAACCAGAUAAUCUACACACAGAGCCUACAUCCAGCUGUGACAAUGAUAAUAAUCAGGUAACUGAAACUACUGAACAAUCUUGUCAUCAACCUGUUAAGGAUCCAAGAACAGAACCAUACCCACAACCACAACAACCCACUCCUCAGGAUGAAAAACAUUAUUUAUUAGGAUCUAGACCUAGAAAAGAUGGAGGAAUAAAUCUAGUUCCAAUUACUCAUCUGGAAUAUAUACCACCCCAAGCUAAACAAGAACAACCAAGUCAACCUCAGUAUUAUCUACCACCUCAACCUCAAGAAUAUCAACCAAUUCAACCUAUAUCACAACCACCUUAUCAACACUAUUAUUCUGGAUAUGGACCAGAACCACCUACACAUCAGUAUGGACAUUAUGGUCCUCAACCAACUCAACCACAGUAUCCAGGUUAUCAACCUCAGCAAUAUUAUCCUGAACCAUAUCAACAGUAUCCACAGCCACAGUAUUCAGGUUAUACAGGUUAUGAUCCACCUCAAGGAUACCAACCUACAGCUCCUCAGGGAUAUUAUCAUUCAGGUUAUCAACCACCUCAACCAGGAUAUCAACCUUAUCAAUUAUUUCCACCUCCACCUGUAUCCGUACCUGUACAACAGUAUCCACUACCACAACCACCUCUACCACAUCAGCCUCAUCAACCACCCGGUUAUGAACCAGGAUAUUCUCCAUAUCAACCUUAUCUACCACAACAACCUUAUCCUGCACAGCAGUAUCCAGAAUAUUAUCCUGGACCUCAAUAUCCUCCACCUCAUCAACCUAUUCAACCACAGCUAGGAUAUCAACCUCAGCAACCAUAUUAUCCUGGACCAGAACCAUAUCAACCACAACCAUAUUAUACUGGGACACAACAUCAUGCAUAUCAACAACAGCCUCAACAACAACCUGGUCCACAAUAUCCUCCACCUCAGUAUCAACCUAGUCAUCCUUAUGGACCUUAUCAACCGCCUCCGCCACAACCUUAUGAACCACAAUAUCAACCACCACAACCACCAAUGCAACAACCACAGCAACCUCUACCACCAAUUCCAAUUCCUCAACCACCAUCUCAAGGACCUACUCAACCUGUACAUGUAGCUAUACCUCCACCUCUACCACCACAAACUAGUCAACCUCAGUAUCCCGGAUAUCAACUUCAACAACCUUAUGAACCUCAACCACCUCCUCAAGGACCUACUCAACAUCCACAACAGCCACAACCAUAUUAUACUGGACCACCUACUCAACCUCCACAGCCAGGACCUGCGUAUCCACAAUAUUAUCCAGGAUAUGGACCACAACCUAGUCAAGGACCCCCUAAACCUCAAGCUGUACAACAUCCUCAACCUAGUCAACCCAGUCAAAUUACUCAGCCUACUCAUCCACCUAAACCUCCCACUCAUAUAGUAUCCCAAUAUCAACCUAGACUUACUGCACCAUUAAGUCAACCUUCAAAUCUUGGACCUGGUAUCUUAGGUCCAGCUCCUGGUCCAUUAAGAGAUCCUUCAGUUCUACUACAAAAUCUAAGUCAUAAAUAUAUUAGACCAUCAACACCUCAUACUGAAUCAUCAAAAGCACAAACACCUAAACCAACUACUCAAACUGAAGACUCUCAAGAUGAACAGACUAAAGAACCUACUCAAACUGAAGAAUCUACAGAACCUACUCAAGAACAUACUCAAGAACAUACUGAAACUCCGCAAAAACAUACUCAAACUCAACAAACACCUACUACCGAACCAUCUGAGUUACAUCCAGAAACUAUUCCAGUAGAAAUUGGAUCAGAUGAAGAUGAAGAACCUCCAGAACCUCCUGGACCUGGAGAUGGAGAUCAACCACCAGAUAAACCUGAAGGUGGUGGAGAUGAACCUGAGGAACCUAAAGAUGAUGAUGAAGAUAAAGAACCACCUAAAGAUGUUAAAAGGUGUAAAAUAAUAACUCUUAUGAAGAUGAAUGAGGAAGGUAACUUAGUUCCAAUGACUGAAGGUGAUUAUGAAAUUUUACGUGACAAUGACGAUGCUGUCAAAUAUACAUUCACUCCAACACUUGAAGAACUACAUUGUGAUGGUGAGGUUGUAUAUAAGCAUAUAUCAAGAAAUAGAAAAACUUCAUCACUUAUUUACAACAGAGUACGACAUCACUUUCUAUUAAAAAAUGAUCUAGGGAUGUAUGUAUGUAACUACAGAAAAGGUGUCUGGAGUGUUUUUAAUCACAAAUUUUUACACUUGAUUUACAUAUUCACAAAAGAUGCUUACGGAAAUGAUAUGUUUCUAACCAGUGAACAUUAUACCAAUGAUAUUGGUGAUAGAGGUUCUUUUAAAUAUAUAUUUAAGGCAGGUGUAAGGUGUACUAAAAUCAUGUAUAGAAACCAAUUAGUUUGGGAAAAAACGGAUGAUACUGAUAAUUAUCCCAUACAUUUUUAUAUUAACCUCAAAUAUUAUUUUUAUAUAUUAUUUAAUGAUCAUGUUUACAAAUAUUCAAAAAGAGGUACUGAAUAUCAUCCCUUUUCGGAUAAUCUUAGAAGACAAAAAAAAUAA